AUUUUCUAGCUCGAGAACAUGUCUACGAGAGAGGUUGCAACUGCUCUGUGGAGAAGGCUGCAAGGCAAGGUUGCAAUAAUCACAGGCGGGUCGGGAGGCAUUGGAGAGGCCACUGCUCGGGUAUUCGCAAAUCAUGGAGCCAAAGUCAUUAUUGCAGACUUUGCAGAUGACGCUGGUGUCAAAUUGGAGCAGUCCCUCUAUCCCUGGGCUACAUAUAUCCACUGUGAUGUGAGCAAGGAGCAAGAUGUAAGUGCAACCGUGGAUUUCGCCAUGGAAAAGCACGGAAAACUGGACAUAAUGUUUAAUAACGCAGGAGUCGUAGGCAUGCAGAAAGGGAGCGUGGUAGAGAAUGAUAUGGAGGAUUUCCAACGAGUGAUGAAUAUCAAUGUAAAAGGAGUAAUGCACGGCAUUAAGCACGCUGCCCGCGUUAUGAUUCCCAAUAGAAAAGGUACCAUUAUCUCUACAGCUAGUAUUGCAGGAAUUUUAGGGGGAGUUACUCCUUACUCAUAUAAUGCCUCUAAACAUGCCGUUAUCCGACUGACUAAGAGCGGUGCAGCAGAGCUGGGGAAAUGUGGUAUACGAGUUAAUUGUAUUUCUCCAGCUGCAAUUGCCACAGAUCUGCUAAUGAAUUUAAUGGGAACGACCCCUUCAGCAGAGGCAAAGGCCGAGCUGGAGGCCGUGAUUGAGGUAGUAGUUAAGGGAAGCCAGUCUUGAAGUAGAGGAUAUUGCGAAGGCUGCUUUGUAUCUGGCCAGUGAGGAUUCCAAAUAUGUGAGCGGUCACAACAUGGUGGUGGAUGGGGGAAGAACAGUCGUAUUAGAUGAUACUGCAGUUUCAAGGUGAAUGUCUCAUAAAUCACUGACCUUAUGUUUCUAUGGGGCUGCUUAACUCUAUUUUCUGCUUAAAUUUAAGCAGUUAAGUGUUUCCAUGCAACUUAAAAAUUGUCAAAAAAAAAAGGGAUAAUUUAGAAUCUUUCCCUAUUUUGGUGGAGCAGCUAUUGUUUAGGAAUUAGAAUAAGCUAUGGAACAAAAGGGGGGGCUGGAAAUAAGCAAUGGCUGCUUAUUAACAAAAA